UUCCGUGUGCUCAACCAUCGCCAGGUAACCUCACCCACCUCAGCAAUUGUUAAUAACUCAAAUUUACCUGCAUGGAUUUACUGUACAAGAUACUCGGAUAGACCUUCAUCAGGUCCAAGAUCGAGAAAAUUAAGAAAAAAGGACAAAAAAGCCGACGAGAAAAGGCCUCGAACAGCGUUCACAGCCGAGCAAUUAGCGCGAUUGAAGCAAGAAUUCAAUGAUAACAAAUAUUUAAAUGAUAAACGUCGUCAAGCAUUGGCACGAGAUCUUAAGCUAAAUGAAUCUCAGAUUAAAAUUUGCUAGUUCCCUGUUUUAUCUAAAUUAAAAUUUAAUCAUUAGAUUUUCAGAAUUUUUUUUCCAAAACAAC